UUGAAGAGCUGUAGCACAGAUCGUUAGUUAUCGGUUGGGGUAGAAGUCUCGUUGGCUCAAGUGAAGUUUCUACACUUCGCGGUACAGUGGAGAUAUACUGUAGCAAGAUGGCCGAUCGCCUAGGAACGGAGUUAAAGGGGAAGUCGCGGUUUCGGAGUGACGUGCCGAGGCCCGUAAGUCGACUGGGACAGAAUGCUGACAUUACUGAGAGUUUGGAUACAGCAAAUGAGGACUGUAUCGCCCGGAAAGUGAAGAUGGGGAAGAAACUGGAGCGCGUGAUGAAAGGAGACCGCGGUGGAACCACCUCCGCAACGUCACAGGAAACAGACGUGGACAACAACAAAACUCCUGAGCCGUAUAACUGUGUAGGUGAUUUUGAGGCUGACUAUCUGGAGCUGUGUAAACGUGCCGGGCUGACAGAGAUCCCCCAGGUCACACAGAGACCCCACCGCCCUGAGCCUCCCCCUCCCCCCGAUCCUAAGUGUGCCACCCCCCUGUCACGGAAAGAGACCCCUUGUAAAAGUUCCCAUAGUUCUCGUAUGGAGAAGGUGGAGGAGCCGACCACGCCCACCCCAGGUGACCCCGAGGAAGCCCCGCCCACCACCUACACCACCAGUAACAAGUUCGACUACUUCCGACCUAAGGUGCAGGUAGAACUGGAGAAACCUGAGGACAGAAAGAGCAUGACAGAAAUCUACAUCAGAGGCUGGAAGGUUGACCAACGUUACAUGGAUGUGUUCAGACUGUGUCUUCCUGCGGCAGACAAGUUGCACACUAUAGAUUUGUGGAAUGUGGGUUUAACUGACAACACCCUGGCCCAGUUUUCAGCAGUGGCAUCACAGUGUCUCAACCUCAGAACUGUAAAACUGGAUGGGAAUCCUGUACCUGGAGAAGGCUUUCAUCAACUUAUAGGGGAGGACAGCAUGAUAGUCAGUAUGUCCUUGCGGAGCUGUAAGAUAUCAGACAAGGGUGCGGAGCUGAUUGGGAAGGCGCUGUCCACGGUUAAAACGCGGAACCAGAGUCUGUGUGUUCUAAACCUGAACAGUAACCUCAUCACAGAUGUGGGGGCCUGCCAUCUGUCAAAUGGUUUGAGGAUGAACAGAACGCUGCUGAUUUUGUCGGUUGCCAACAAUGCCAUUGGAGAUGAAGGUGCCAAGCAGUUAGGAGAGGUGCUGUCCAGAUUUGCUCUGACCCAUGAAGAGAUUGUAGAGAGGAGGAAGCUCAUCUCUGAAAAAGGAACUCCUGAUAUCAGGAUAUCGCCCAUCCCAAAGCGAUCAGAAUCCCGCGAUCGCCCGGUCAGUCAGAGCAGCCGGUCUCAGCUGGACAAGUCCACGGCCAAGUCUGGACGCUCCUCCUCCAAGGCGAAAAAGAAGGAUGACAAGGGGAAAGGAAAAGACGACAAGAAAAAAGACGCACAACGUGGUGUCUCAAAAGAGAGUGUUGCCAAGACAACCAAGGGCAAAGGUCGUCAGUCUGGUGGAAAGAAGGGUCCAGCGGCGGGGACCAUCACUACUGAACCUGAGACUCCUGAGGUACAGGAAAUCAUCAACCCACUAUUGGAGGAGGCAGAGAGUAUAAAUGGAGAAUUGUUCAUCCCUGGGAACAGAGUUCUCAUCAAUCUCAACAUCUCCAGAAAUAAGAUCGGAGAGGCGGGGCUGAAGGCACUUCUGAAGGGGAUCCAGUACCAGAUCACAUUAACCAUGCUGGGAUCACGGUCCAGUGGUACAGGGCUCAUGAGGCUAUCUCUACAGAAAAAUGGAUUUCCUCCCGACCAUGAUCUGUACAUGAAGAUCCAAGAAUUGAUGGUGACCAGAGACCCUCUGUACAAGCCUCCUGCCAAGUCUCCUGACGAGGACUCCAUCUCACAGACUACUGGGGUGUAGAAAUACUGCUGGGCUGCAAGAAAGACUGCAGAGCAAGACUACAAUGUUGGAUUUCAAAAUGAUGCAUACUGGCACUAACAUGACCAAUGCAGGUGUAACAGUGCAGAAUGUACCCCUGGCCAGAAUGUACCUUGGUGUAUUAUAGCUACGAGUACAUUUUCGCCUGUUACACCCCAUACUGCAUGUGCAUUACAAAAUAUUUUGUUUGUUGUGUUAAGUGAUCAUGUUACCUCUCUGUCACUCAAUGGUAAUAAUUUUUGUGUGUGUGUAUAUUAUAAUGUGUAUAAAAAAAGAAGAACUUUUAACAGACUCUUUGUGACUUUUGUAUGUCAUAUUAAAGACUAUUGACUCUAUUUUUCUGUUGUUAAGAGCACCAACAUGAUAUUGAUGUGUAUUUGUUUGAAUUGUGAGCAAGAGUUACAAACCUACUAAACAGAUGUAUUUUUAAACUGUUUUUAAGGAAGACUGUAUUUUGGACUAGUGAGUGUGCAAUACUGGAAACAGGGAAAGUUGUUCAAAUGCUGUUUUUGUGGAAAAGUUACAUUGUCAAUUUUGUUGUUGUUUCACACAUGUACAUUAUACACAGUAAAUGUACAAAAAGAUGCUGCUUACUCAGUUUAUACUGUAGAAACACUGUUAUUUAUGACAAGGAUACCAGAAAUUUGGAGUCUGUUGUAAAGAUUUUAAAGAUACAUGCAUACACUGUAUCGCCAAACAUCAUUGUUUAUUGCAGUUUUGAUGCUGCAUUGUAACUUUUGCUGCAGAUGAGUCAUACAUUUUUUAGCAAGAUCAAUUUGUAGUUAGUUGCAUUUGAAAAGUUUAUCUUAUUUUUAUUUAAAGCUUUCAUUUUCAAAUGUUAAUGUUAUAUGUUUGUGUUUUAGCAGUUGUAAAUACAAAACAAACAGUUACACUUCAUUUUCAAGAUCAAAGUACAAGUAUGAAAUAGUUAUCUCUAUAUGCUGCCAAAUAAAUAUUACAUUUGUAACGUUAUAUCACUUUGCAUGUUGGCUAUUAAAACACACCAAACUUUCAGCU